UUCUCUCCAUAUAUCAGCUGACUGGACACAACAUGGGUUGGUUUUCUGUGUCUGUGCUCCUAAUUUGUCUUCUUCAGGCGGUCUGGAGUCGGCCUGCUCCAGAGACAACUGAAAUAGAUGUAGAUGGAGGAAUUGAUCAAGACAUCUUUGACAUCAAUGAAGCUUUAGGACUAGACCUUUUUGAGGGAGACAUCAAACUUGACAGGGAACGAAACUCCAUCAUUGGUGACAACUAUCGGUGGCCCCAUGUUAUCCCCUACGUCCUUGAAGACAGCCUGGAAAUGAAUGCUAAGGGGCUCAUCCUCAAGGCAUUUGAACAGUAUCGGCUGAAAACCUGCAUUGACUUCAAACCUUGGGCAGGGGAGAAGAACUACAUAUCUGUCUUCAAAGGAAGUGGCUGCUGGUCCUCAGUGGGAAACCGCCGAGAGGGCUUGCAGCAGCUCUCCAUCGGGGCCAACUGUGACAGGAUUGGGACGAUCCAGCACGAGUUCCUGCAUGCCCUGGGAUUCUGGCAUGAGCAGUCGCGGUCCGACAGGGAUGACUACGUGUCCAUCAUGUGGGACAGGAUUCAGGCUGGUAAAGAGCAUAAUUUCAACAAAUAUGAUGACACAACAUCAGACUCCCUGAAUGUUCCCUAUGACUAUACUUCUGUGAUGCACUAUAGCCAAACUGCAUUCAUGAAUGGAACUGAACCCACCAUCGUCACUAAAAUACCAGACUUCAUGGAUGUUAUAGGACAGCGAAUGGAUUUCAGUGAUUAUGAUCUCCAGAAACUGAACCGGCUGUACAAUUGCUCCUCCUCCCUAAGUUUCAUGGACACUUGCAGUUUUGAACUUGAAAAUAUAUGUGGCAUGAUUCAAAGUUCAGACGAUAACAGUGAUUGGCAGCGUUUGUCUCACAUUCCUGCUGGGCCAAAUACUGAUCACACUAAUGUGGGACAAUGUAAAGAUUCAGGCUUCUUCAUGCAUUUCAGCACCAGCGCUGGAGCAGAGGGAAGCACAGCCAUCCUGGAGAGCCGAAUCCUGUAUCCCAAAAGGGGCUUUCAGUGCUUACAAUUCUAUUUUUAUAACAGCGGCCAUGAAAGCGACCGGCUGUAUGUCGGGGUCAGGGAGUAUACCUCAGCCCAUCCAAACGGUACUUUGAGAAUCAUUGAAGAGAUAAAAGGUUCACCUGAGACUUACUGGCAGCUCCAUCAUGUUUCUUUAAAUGUCACAAAUAAAUUCCGGGUUGUGUUUCAAGGCGUGAGAGGAAGUGGCUUGUCGAAUGGAGGCCUCUCUAUUGAUGACAUCAAUUUGUCAGAAACUCAGUGUCCCCACCAUGUCUGGCAUAUCAGAAAUUUCACACAUCUCCUCAACACAAGUCCAGCAGGGAAAGCUGGAGAAAUAUACAGUCCUCCUUUUUACUCUAGUAAAGGAUAUGCUUUUCAGAUUGCCUUGUAUAUAAAUGGUACCACUGAUAACCCAUUUAAUUUAGCAAUAUAUUUGCACUUGAUUUCUGGAGCAAAUGAUGAUCAUUUGAAGUGGCCCUGUGAAUGGCAACAAGGUACCAUGAUUCUGCUUGACCAGCAUCCUGAUAUUCGUCAUCGGAUGUCAAACCAAAGAAGCAUAACAACUGACCCUCUGCAGUUAAUAGAUUCCUCAUCAAGCUAUUUUUGGGAUAGGCCAGAUAAAGUGGGAUCCGAAGCAUCUUUUCCCAAUGGAACUAGAUUCAGCAGAGGUCCAGGAAGAGGAACGAGUGCAUUCAUAACUCAUCAGAGACUUAAAAGCCGCGACUUUAUUAAAGAAGAUGGUGUUUAUAUUCUUUUAACAAUGGAAGAUAUAUCACAUCUACUAUCAACUCAGCCAAGUGUUUCACCCACUGUUGCUGUGAAUACGACCAGUGCCAGCUCUGAGCCAGACACAAGCGUUCCCAGUUUCUGCCAAAGGAACCAUUGUGAAAAUGAUGGUGUCUGCGUUAUGGAGAACGGAAGCCCCGUAUGCAGAUGUCCAGCAGGUGACGACUGGUGGUACAUGGGAGCAAAGUGUGAAAGGAAAGGCUCAACUCAAGAAAAUACUGUAAUAGCUGUUUCUUCAAGCGUAGCUGUAUUUGUUGUAAUGCUUAUCAUCACUAUCACAACCGCUGUGUGCCUUAAAAAGAAAUACAGACAAGGAAAGAAAAAUCAUGAGAGCCCGAGUCCAGGAAAUGGGACAAACUUCUGAAGAUAAUGUAAACAAGCAUCAAAGACACAAGAUGAAUAUCACUGGAAAACCACAACUACAUCAUCAUUCUUUCUGAUAUUUUUAUCUCAGCCAUCAUGAUAAAGGUUUGUAAAGUCUGGAAAAAAACCUAAUCAUCUGGAUAAAAUACUGUGCUAAAAUCAUUGAAGUGUCUGACUGUUGUGUAUCACCAUGCAAUGGAGAAAGAUGAAAAUAUGUUGUAUGACAUGUCUGCCCUGUCC